AUGGGCAUCCCUGAUGAUGAGAUUCUGGAUGUUGCUCCUCUCUCUGUUAUUCCCGCCGCAGACAUUAAUUUGAACCAACCCAUCUCCAUUGAUGCCUCCGCUUAUGCAUGUUCCAAUCAAGGUAAUCCCUCUAGUAUUCCUUCUGGUUCAACUCCUGUCACUAAGAAUAAGGAAGGAACACACUAUACUGAUCGUGUUAUAAGAGACAUAGUUACUAGAAUUCUUAAUGAAGGCCACUAUGUGAAGGGGGUUUCUACUCCCCUUUCUCAAAUGUAUCCCCCUCUUAAGGUUGAACAACCUAGUGGUAAGGGUGAUGACUCCUUUAGUUCUGAAAAAGGCUUGGCUGCUGAACGGUUGCGCUCUCUAGGGAAAACCGUGUCUGACAAAGGGAAAUUUGUGGCCUCUAACAUGGAUAAUGCUUCCCACUCUAAGAAUCAUGAUGAUGCAAAUGUUGUGAUUGAUCUAGAGAAUGGAAGCUCUGAUGAUCAAGAGGAAAGCUUGAUUCAUCACAUAAAGCCAAGUGUGGCUAAACGCAUGAAGACCCGCAAAGGAAAAUCUAGUGAUGAACUUAUGUCAUCUAGAAAAGCUAAGAAGACUGCUGGCAUUGGUCCCUCCAAACCAUGGAGCAAGAAAACUACUUGUAGGAAGUCUCCUAUUAAAGUACCUGUUGUUCAUUUGGAUAACAUCUCCUUCCAUCUUGAGGAUGGAGCUGCUAAGUGGAAAUUUGUGAUUCACAGAAGGGUAGCUGUGGAAAGGGAAUUGGGAAAAGAUGUUGCUGAUGUCAAGGCGGUCAUGGACCUGAUACAAGCUGCUGGGCUUUUGAGACUGUUGCUGGGUUCUCUCAAUGCUAUGAAGAUUUAG